AUGGAUGGAAAUUACAGCGAUCAAGCAUCGGCAACGGAUCUAAACAGAAGGAAUUACCUGUGGGCGGAUCAUACGGAUACGAAGACGGAGUACGUUUAUCCGACGGAGACCAGACGGAGCAAGAUCAAGGACAAGUUAGAAGAUGGAUUUGAGAAAUCGAAAGCAGUUGCUUCAACAGGAUUGAAGAAGAUCAAAAGAGGAUCAAGUGUAGGGCUCCAUUGGAUCAAACACAAGUACCAAAAAACGACGCAUAAACAACACUCGUAG